CUAAUCAGAGAGUGUGUUAUACGUUUUUUGCUAGAACAGAUGAGGUUCGCGCCAUUUGCCAUGGCAGUGGUCGAGUCUGCACCAGUGAAAGCUUGAAGUUCUGAUUAAUCAGCAACACAAAAGUUGAAACAAAGCAUUCAAAUCCGUGUUUCAAUCAUGGAAAUGGAUUCCAGCGAUGAAAAUGAAUUAGGCCUAUUUGGAGAUGGGUUUGGAGGAAGUAGCCCUGGCCCAUUAGAAGAAUCUAGUCCGUCUGAAAACCAGGAUAAAAUAUGCAAUAUAUGCAGCGAAAAGUACUCCAGUCCACGUGUGUUGUCUUGUCUGCAUGUCUUCUGUGAAUCUUGCCUGGAGAAGAUGCUUAUGGAUGGAACAGGAGAAUCUGGGAAAAGAGACAACAUAAUUAAAUGCCCAAAUUGCAAACAGGAGACAAAGGUGGGUAGUAAGGGAGCCGGUUCCCUGCCUUGUGAUCAUGUCCUCGUCAAUAUUCUGGAUAUGUCAGCCAUUGAGAGUAUGGCGGUUUUGUGCACUAGUUGCAAGGCCAAGGAGAAAGCUGUAGCUCGAUGCUCUGAUUGUGCCAAUUUCCUGUGUCCUAACUGCAACACGGCACACCAGUUCAUGCGUUGUUUUGAAAAUCACCAUGUUUUAGCUUUUGAAGAAUUGAGGAACUCCCAUGAAGUAAUUCCAAUUCAUAAGCCAAUCUUUUGUGAGAACCAUCCUGCAGAAAAUAUGAAGUUCUUCUGUCUUUCUUGCCAGGUACCGGUGUGCAAUGAUUGUCUGCUGAAAGAGCAUAAAGCUCCAGAACACCUGUACGAGCGUUUGUCUGAAGCAGAAGAUCGUCAGCGUGAAGAACUUCAGAGUCUGAUGACUGAAAGCAAGUCUAAGGUGGAAUUUUGUGAGGAUGCAUCAAGCCAUCUAGCAAAUGCUCUCAGCGAGUUGCAGGUUCAACAUGAUUGUGCUAAAGAUCUGAUCCAGGAAACAUUCCAAAGCUACAAAGCAGUCCUGGAAAAAUGUAGGGAUAAGACUUUAGAGGAUUUGCAGAAGUUGCACUCCAAACGAGAACUGAAAAUAAUGGAUACAUUUCAUAGUGUUGAAAAAACUAUGGAAAAAAUUAAUGAUGCGUGUAAAUUUACGUCACGGCUUUUGGAAUAUGGGAACACUGUUGAAGUCUUGUCCCUCAAAGGAGUGGUUGGGGCCCAGUUGCUGCAUUUGAUUAAUAAUACACCUAAGCCUGAGGUGAACACAUCUAUUGAGUUUGAAACAGACAUAAUUAAAUUUGAGGCUGCUGUCAAGGCAACGUUUGGAACAUUUCAUACAGAUACAGUAUCGACGCCUAAAGAAACGACACCAUCACCAACCUUGCCAGGAGUUCAGCCACUCAAUCUAAGUGGUAUUCUUAGUGCUGCAGGAAUAGGCAUUGCAAAUGGUUGUCCUAGCACUGUUACAAGUACCAGCAGCCCAGUUUCUCUUCCAGCAUCAAUGCAAUCCUCAUUUGAAGGCGAGCUUGCGUCUGGAGUUGGCCCUGCUUUUUCUCUUCCUCCAGGUGUGAUAGGACCAACAGAAGUUCCUCCAGUUCAACCAACCCUGCCCCCUACAUCUCUUCAUGGUUUAACUAGCAUUCAAGAGUAUAAUCUUCAACAGUUGGCAAGUCUUGCAGAAAAGGAAGCAGCAAGCUCUCCAGUUGUUGGAGUACCACCUUCGCAUCCUGCCCCGAGUUCAAACCCAAGUCCGACUCCUUCCUUCACACUGGCUGAUCUUUUCUCUGGGGACAUCAGCUCAACAAGCAAUGCACUCAACAAUCUGCAGGCCCUGGCAAAAUUGGGCAGUGUAUCGCUCAACAAUCAAGGUCAGAUUGUGGUGAAUGGUGGUCAGACUGUGAAUUUAGUGGACCCCCUACCUCAUGGUGCAUCACCACAGACUGGGGCUGGUCAUACUGUUCAUAGUUCCAACCCCACCCCUCCACCUAGCCAGGCUCUGCCCCCGACCCUUGCAGCUCUCCUUAAUGAUCUGGCUAAUGGGUCCUUGAAUGGAGGCCCACCUGGGGGAGGCAGCCUGGUGUUGGGACGUGAUCCUUCACCAAGCCUGGAGAUUAAUACAUCAAUGACACCACUGAAUGGAGCAAGCUUUCAGUCUCUGUCAGGCUCUCCCUCACCUAUACUUUCACAGCCAGAUGAAUUGCUAGGGGACAAUCUGCAUAACAUACCCGUAAUUGUGGGAGGAGGAGGGCCGGCAGGAUCAUUCCACCACCCUCGUGCUGCAACAGGCAAACUCACGCCCAUGCAGAUUCGUUGCAAGUACGGUCAGUUGGGUCCGAGUAAAGGCCAGUUCAAUUCACCUCAUGGCUUUUGCCUCGGAGCGGAGGAAGAUAUCAUAGUUGCAGACACUAAUAAUCACCGCAUUCAGGUGUUCGAGAAGACAGGAACAUUCAAGUUUCAGUUUGGUAUUCCUGGCAAGGAAGAAGGUCAGUUAUGGUAUCCACGAAAAGUUGCAGUCAUGCGUAAUACUGGCAAAUUUGUUGUUUGUGAUCGUGGGAAUGAACGUUCUCGCAUGCAGAUUUUUACGAAGAAUGGCCAUUUCAUUAAAAAAAUUGCUAUCAGGUAUAUAGACAUAGUAGCUGGGCUUGCAGUCACAUCUCAAGGUCACAUUGUGGCUGUCGAUAGUGUGUCACCAACAGUAUUUGUAAUUUCGGAGGGUGGCGAUCUGCUACGUUGGUUUGACUGUAGCGAUUACAUGCGGGAACCCUCAGAUAUUGCAAUAAGUGGCAAGGAGUAUUUUGUCUGCGACUUCAAAGGCCAUUGUGUAGUUGUGUUCAACGAAGAAGGACAGUUCUUGCGCCGCAUUGGGUGUGAGAGUAUCACCAACUUCCCAAAUGGGAUUGACAUAUCAGAUGCUGGAGAUGUUUUGGUGGGUGAUUCGCAUGGGAAUCGCUUUCACGUAGCGGUGUUUUCCAGAGAUGGAUCUCUUCUUUCAGAGUUUGAGUGCCCCUAUGUCAAGGUGUCCCGUUGCUGUGGCCUAAAAAUCACAUCUGAAGGUUAUGUGGUAACUUUAGCGAAGAAUAAUCAUCAUGUUUUGGUCCUGAAUACACUUUAUAUCAUGUAGAUAAUGUCUGAAGAUAAUGAAGAAAUGCUAAAGAGAAAAAGACAUGCUGCCAAUAUUGAAUUGAGGAACAAGAUACAUAAAUACGUACUGUAGAUUUAGACACAAAAUAUUAGGGGAACUCCGUUGGGUCACAGGGUUAGGAGCAUGAUUUGGUUGGUGCUUUUUUCCUGUAGCCCCAUAUCACUCCGUCUUGUAAAUCCCAACCCAGUGGAUGUUUUCCAUAGUCUCCAACUUAGUUGAUCUCGCAACCAUAAACUGUACAUAAUUUAUGAUGAUAAUAGUUACUUUUCAUUGAGCAGUCUUGUCAGGACUACAUUAAGAUUUUCAAAUGUGAGUGCUGUAGUCAAAACAGAAUGUUAGUUUAGUUUCAAGAUUACGUUUGCAAAGAAGAGAUGUUUAGUUUAGGCAGAAUGUUCUAUUUUAAAGGUGUGUAAUGUUAAAAAGUGCAUUUAGUAAGUUUAUCCAAAUAACGCAAGUACUAUAGGCAAAAGUAUACAUAUACACUAAUUAUUAUUUUUUAUUCGUUAAAAUAUUUUUUAACUAAAUUAUUAUAAUUAUUAUUAUUAGCAGUAGCAGCAGUUAUAUGGUUCCUAAUAUAAACAAUUCAUGCUUAAAAGGGGAGUUUUUUAUGCAUGUGUAUGAAUGGUUAAAAGUGGCUGUGUGUCUGAGUUUAUGGAUGUUUAUUUUUAAAGUAACUGUAAUGAUUACAAUACUUACUCAGGUCAGUUUUUAUUUUUCAUUAUACUGUUGUAACUAAGUGUGUGAUUGCAAAUUUUAUUUGUUCUGAGAAUAAGGUAAUGAUGUUUUCAUGAUAUUUGUAUGCAACUCAAGUUUGCAGAGGGUAGCGCGAAAACAACCGUGCGUCUUAAAUUGGAAUGUAUGCAUUUUACUGUGCCAUGAUUUAUGUAACUGUUAAUGUAACGUUUGUUUGUUCGUUAAUGUGUGUACUUUUGCUCCCCAUUUUGUGUGAAUGGAAAAUCUCACAUGUGAAAGUGGAAAUGGCUUCCAGCCACUUAGUAAACUAGAUAUUUUACUGUAGAAGACUUAACAGAAACUAUUGCACAUGUUUUGUCUGUCAAUUUCUUUGGGGAAAAGACUUGUCAGUGUCCCCUUUAUGGAAACAAAACUGAAAUUCCUGAGAAGUGUUCCAUGAUUGUGAAGUCCCCCAUGUUGUGUAAUUGGAUCACUGUGCUCUACCGUUUGCACGAGGACAUUUUCAUCGAGUUUUGAGCUUCUUUGUCACUCGUUUUUAAGUGCCUGUAUGGUUAGUGAAACUUGUCAAUCACAUGGCCAAAACCAGGUUUCAUUUCCAGUCACCAAAGAACCGAAAAAUUAACACAAAGAAGUUUUGAGACUUUUGGAACAAUUUCGCUAACACAAAGAGGCAUUCUUUCUGUGUAUACCUGAAUAUUGAGUUUUAAAGAAAAUAGUUAACCUCAUAACUGCCAUGGGUUUUAUUCUUGUCAGUAUUGCUUAUAAUAUGUCUCAUGGAUUCAGUGUCACUAUCUCAAAGUGCUUGCACUCCUCAGAGAAUUUAUCACCCAUGACAGCCAUGGUUCCAAAUCUGGGCAUUUGCACUUUGGGAUCAGUUUGAUGGUUAGAAUAGAUGAUCACAUUCUUCAGCUGGUUACAAAUGGAGUGAAAUGUAAUUAAUACUUCACCAUGUCUUAUCAGUGCUGAAAAAAUGCAGAUGUUAUUCCUCUGUUAUUUCUUGGUGGACUUUGAAAAGAAAAGAAAGAAAAGUUUUUGAUAAAAACAUGCCUGUGAUAAUAGUAUCUUCAGGAUCAGUUGUGACCUUAGUAUCUUGUUAUUUUAUUGUGUGCUGCCUAUAUUUACUAGCGGCAAAACGUUAGAAAGUAAGUUUCACAAAAUAACAAACAUAAUGUUUCUAUAAAAUUUGUAUAAAACAAUUGCCAAAAAAAUCUUAUGCUUAUAUAUCUCUAGGGCAGGUGAUUUAUGUGUACACUGUGACUGCUACUUUUUCUUUCAGGGGGGGAGGGGGAUGUAGGCUACUUAAAGUUGUGUAUGGUGUUAAGAUAAUGUUUUCUGAACUUGGAGUUUGGGAAGAGAGGGCAAAAUUGUGUCAUUGAAGUUUUCUGGUACUGUGAAUUUUAAUUUGGACGAUACUGGAGUAUUAAUAAGUCAUAAUACAUAUGUCGGUAUAUAUUUUUGUUAAUUGCCUUAAGUGAUGCAACAAAAUUUUACACACACACAUACAUUCUCUCUUAUUAUAUACAUAUAUAAACCUGCUCAGAUUAAAAACUUAUACAUGUUUUGAGUAUAUAAAUAUAUUUACACAACUUUUUGACCUUAAGCGUUAGGCAUCUCCCCUGCACUUUGCCACGAUCUUGUAUAAAUCCCUGAACUAUUUAGUGGCUUAGGAGGGAUGCCUAACCUCAAUUUUAACCCCCUUUGAUUUACCUCGAUAGAUAAUAAAAACUACAAAAAUAUUAUAUAUUUGUGGUAAAUGUGAUAGAAUUUUUGAUGAUUUUUACAAAUCACACAAGUCUUUUUCAAUGUGUACAAAAAUACAGUUGUUUUUCUAGAUAGCUACUCUGUAAAGAAGUCAUCUUUUCACCCUAUGCAUUACACAAACUUAACUUACAAAGAUAUCUAAAGGAUACAAUAAUUAAAUGUUGAUCAGUUGAGAAAUAUUGAAUUCGGAUGCUAUAGUGCAUAAGGAAUAAGUAUCAACAUAUAACUUUUUAUUAUUAUUCCCACCAAAAUUCACUAGCAAUAAGUGUUGUUAGUUUUGUCAGUAUUGAAGAAAAAAGUUAAAAUGUCUCUAAUAUUUAUAUGAAAUCUUGUCAUGUAUCAUUCCAUCCAUAGUGGAACUGGGUACAAUUUGAAAUGCAUUGCCAGGGAAAUCAGUUCCGCGUUAGUGUUGUGACUGAGAAUUGAAAUGGUUUCCCUGUCAGUACAGACUUUUGUUAUCCAUUGUCUCUGGUUCCAGAAUCAUCACUUUUUACAGUGAAAAGCACAAAGGGCUUGCUCCUGAGGUAUUUAUAAGGCUGUAUUUAAGUGGUGGUGAAUUUUUCAAAAAGCAGUUUAAUAUGAGAUAGUUCAUACCUCUGCCCUGUGUGCUUUUCUUGGUCUUGGCCAUUUGCAUCUGAUCCGUCUUCCCUUUUCCUGUUGCCAGCUAAAAUUGAAAAGUGGGUGAUUCGAAAUAAUACUCAUGUAUUUGAAAUUUAAGUUGUGUCGUGGUGAAGCAUCUGUAAUUAAUCACAGGUGUUUUAGAUAUAGAAGUAUUGAAUUUUUAAAACUAUAAAAGGGAUGUCUUUGUUUCAAUGCAUUUCACACAAUUUGAUUAGAUUACAACGUAGAACACUUCUGAACGAACGGUUACAUCUGCAAAUGGCCAUCAGUCUCUUCCCUUAAUUUAGUACGCUUAAAAACACACAUACACACACACACACACACAAGGUGGAAUUCAUACUGCCUUGGAGUUCCACAUUGCCAGUUGCUAUUGCAUAAGGUGUGUGGAGAUGGGUGAGCAAAGCAAAUACAGGGUGCAGAAAUUGCACUCCUUGAUAACAUGGAAAAGCUACAAGGUUUUUAGCAUUGUGGUUGUUAUGUACAACCAAAUGAUUUGUCUUCCUAGUUGCUGAAAAAAUAUGUAGCUUGUUCAUUUGUUAUUAAUCACUUAAUGUGUUAAUGUCGAGGUUUUAUCUCAAUACAAGCCUUUUUUUUUUACUGUAGAGUAGAGUUUAAAAUCUUUUUGUUUCCUUGAGUUUGUAGUUAACCAGCAAAUUGAAGAAUAUUAUUUUCAUUUUGCAGUUUUCAGUGUUUUAUCUGUAUUAUUGUUUUAUAAGAAUGCUUUUAUUAUUCAACUUUUUUCAUAUACAUAUUAUUUAAUAUUUUAUCAUUUUUAUUUUAUGCAAUUGUGUUCUUUAAACAAAAUGGCUGUUCAAAAUAAACUCAAGGGAAACAGGAAACCACUAAAUAUCUUAGCACUGUCAUUGUAAGAUUUAACGAAUUUCAGAAUACACAUACAGAUAUUUGAAAGUGCUAUUGCUAAAAUGAUGUGAAAUUAACUCACAUUGUAAGAUAUUCUCAUGUUUAUUGGGUUUACCUUAUGGUACAAGAUUCUGAAUUUAAUGGUUUCUUCAUUCCCUGUUGAGUAUAUUCAAAUAAAUGUGAGUGGCAGUCGUGCUGUUACGUCACUUAAAAAAUAUAUUAAACCUAUAAAAAUUUAAAGGUGUAUUUUAUGGGAUUGAUCUAUUAUUUUUGUUGUUCGAUAAUAAUUCUUUACAGCUGCUUAGAAAUUAAAAAUUGUAAUAAGUAGGUGGUAAGUCAUUAAGCUCUUCGUAUUGCAAGUGAUGAUAACUCAUGUUUGCUGUUGACACUUGAAAUAGUGAGCUUUAAGCAUGCCUGCCAACUGAAAUGUAAAAACUAGUGGUAGACUGUGUACCAUAACACCAUCCAGGUGGUGAGAUGUGACGUGAUAAACGUUCAUAGUCCUGGGUUAGCUCAAACAAUAGCUAAUAUCUAACAGCAGAUGAUAAAACACCUUAGUGCUUUGUCAAACUGAUGAAUGCAUGCUGUUUGAAGUACAGAUAAUUUAUGUAUUGUACUCAAGUUUCUGCUAUCUGCUUGAUAUUGUUAAUUCACCACUUCUUUUUUAUAUAUAUAUAUAUAUUGUGCCAUAAUGGUGGUGGUAGUUUAAAUCCUGUGGAACAACAUUUCAGUUGGCAGUACAAACAAUCAAUACUAGACCACAGAAACUUUUAAGAAAUGGUUGUGAGAUACUUUCUUCCUUUGUUUUCUGUAAUUUUUGUUUGCCCAAUUUGGAGAGUUCUGUCAUUUCAGUGCAGAUGUGCAAUAAUCCCUUGACAGAAUAGGUUAGAUUUAUUAUAUAAAAUGUGAAAAUAAACCUUAGUAACAAAAAAAAAUUUCCUUGUGUUAUAUAUACUUAUGUAUACAUAUUACCAAAAAAUGUUACUUUAAAUGUUAGAUAUUGCAUUCCAAGCCUUGUGAAACAUUACUGUACUCAGCAUGUUUUUGUUUUUUAGUGUGUAAGAUCCACUUAAGGUGGCAGUUGUGAGGGGUGGAGCUGCACCCUUCAAAACUGAAGUAUAAUACAUAGGUGCCCUGUCAAAGAAUGUGAAAGAUGCAGAAGAAACAAUUGUGUGGUAUUUUGGUGGGGUCCUAAAUGUUGGUGGUUAUUAUUGACUGAACUUGUACUGUAGUUAUGCUGUGUAUUAAUAAUAUUAUUAUUUUUUUUUUCAAUAGAAAAAUUUAUCACUUUUGUUUUUAUUUUUAGUCAGUUCAAGUACAAAUUUUAAAUGUAAAACAUGAAACAGAUUUGCUGGUUAUUGUAGUUAGUUUGGAGUUUUGUAGUUCAUCUUUGUCUCAAAAUAUUACUGUUUUGUCCUUUUAUUUUAUUGCUCAUUUAUUUGAGCCCCCCAGAAGUUAUAAUAAGCCUUGUCAUGAAACAGAACACUGUACUAGAUCCAUUUCUUAUGUAUUACAAAUAUAAAAGUGGUUUGAUGUUUGGGCCUAGAACUUUUAGUAACAACAAUACAUACUGCAUUUUGUUUAGGUCUGGCCAUCAGAAAUUUCUGUAAAUGUUUUUUGAAUUCAGCCCAUAGACUGCAGUGCCUUUUAAGAUGAUGGAGUCUGUGACUUGGCAUACUUCAUAAAUGGUGGGCUCGUGUAUUUUAGUUUAAUUUUGUGCCACAUCAUAGCUUGUUCUCCCAUUUGUAUGAAGUCAAAUUAUUAACAUAUCACUUUCAUCAAUACCCCAUAUGUACAGAUUUCUUGUUUUAUAUUAAUUUGAAAGUCUACAAAGUUGCAACAAUGUAUUGCAAAUCAGAAAGAGGCCUCUUAAAACAUUUUUGUCUGUUGACACACCGAAUUAUUUAAAACAUAUAUUGUUUUCAUUUAUCGUUAUUACACUAAAAUAUUAAAUAAAUAUGUUUUAGUGUGUUGUAAUCUUUGUAAUACUGAACAAAUUAUAAGUAUAUACAUUUACAUAAGAUAUUGAAUAAAUAGCAUUGUUUCCAGGUUCUGUAUAAAUACUGUGGAAACAAAAUUUUGUCAUUCAGUAUAUCUCUUAAAGACAAUAGUCCUUCAUUUUUAUAUUGCCGUUUAAGUAUGUGUCACAGUUUGCAUUGCUUAUUUCAUGAAUUUCAGCUGUUCUGAUUGCAGAUAUUCUUAACCAGCACUCAGAACUGAUGGCCAGUGAUUAGUCAUGAGGGCCAAUUAUGUUUUCAUUUUCUUUUAGUUACAGAAGAGGUUGGUAGGAUUUCAGAGAAUAAAAUUACUCCAAUUUUUCAUAGUCAAUUUAGUAUUUGUCUUGCAUAUUUCAAACUAAACUUAUCUUCCAAAGGAAAUUUCCCAGAGCUAGUCGAUUAUUGUUUGAUCAAAUGUUUACCGAAAAGUUUUUCUUUAUUAAACAAGUGUAUCUUCGCCUUUUUAUUAUUUGAAUCCACAAAUUGUUUAUGUACUUGUCACUAUUGACAAAAUAUGGUUUACUUUUUUAUAAAUAUGAUACACCUGUAAACAUAAUAGAACAUUAUACAAAACACAAGUAAUAAUAAUAAUAUUACUGUAAAAAAUAAUAAAAUUAUAGUAUCUGCAGUUGUCUUAUACAAAGGUGGUAAAUGUAAAUUGUACAGGAAAAUACUGCAUAAAGUAUGUUAAAAUUUAAUUUUAGAUCUGAUGUUAAUAGGGCUUAAUGCUAAAACAAAAAUUGCCAUGGAUGUACUGCUCCUAUAAAUAUUUUCAGUUUGUGUAAAAGUAAUGAGAGACUUUGGCCCCACAAGUGAUUUUAUUCAUUAUUCAGGGUUCCUGUUAAAAAUGUUCAGCAUUCAUUCUUACUAUUUUUGGAAACUGUUAAGUAUCUUUGAAUUUACCUGAGAGUGAUUACUUUGUAUGAUGUUCUUUGUUUUAUGAAAUAAAUAGUCACUUAAA